AGAGAGCAUUAGAGAGAGAGGCAAACACAAGAGAACGUGGGAGAGAACAAUCUCACCACUUGAUCAUCAUUCACUCGAUUCAGAUUCAAAUCUUCUCCGAGAACACUCUUCACACACGCCCAAAAGCUACGACAAUGGCGGCGGAUCCUAACCCUAAAAAGUUCCCCGUCCUCUCCUACGUCUUGGCUCGCCUCCCUUCCUUCACCCCCGCCAAAUCCGCCCCCGCCUUCGAUGUCGAGCAGCCACCACCGUCGUCAAUCGAGAUCGAGAUGCCUCACCUGGCCGAGCCGGGAGUCCUCGCCUCCAUGACCAAAGCCAUCACCGACGUCGCCGAGACCCGAUCCGUCCUCCGAACCCUAGGGCCCAGGCCCGAUCACGAGGCCGUCGACAGGGCGCGCGCCAAGCUAAACGAGAUCGAGGGGAUGCUGUCGGAGUCCUUCGAGGACAUCGCGCUGACCGAGGCGGCGGGGGAGGAUGAGGUUGAGAAGAGGAGGCGGGAGAUGGAUCAGGAGAAGGCUUGGUGCGAGUCGAUUCUGAAGCUGGACGAGGUUCACGGUUCGUAUGAGAAGCUGUUGAGUGAGGCGGAGGAGAGGCUAGUGAGGAUUUAUGAGUUCGCUGAGAAGAAAGCUAAGGUUGAAGAGGGCGAGGGUAGCGUUGAGGAGGUGGAGGUUAAUGAGGAGGUUGUGGGGAUACUGCAGGAGGCGUUGGCUAAUCCGGUGGAGAGGGUUGAUUUGUCUGGGAGGAAGCUGAGUUUGCUCCCUGAGGCGUUUGGGAGGAUCCAAGGGUUGCUUGUUCUUAAUCUCUCCAACAAUCAGCUCCAGGCUAUUCCUGAUUCAAUAGCAGGAUUGCAUGGCCUUGCUGAGUUAGAUGUCUCCGGUAAUCUUCUGGAGACAUUACCAGAUUCUGUUGGUCUACUGUCAAACUUGAAGAUUCUAAAUGUCUCAACUAACAAGCUCACCUCCUUGCCUGAUUCCAUCUGCCGUUGCGGGUCGUUGGUUGUCUUGGACGUGAGCUUCAACCGUCUCACCUACUUACCAACCAACAUAGGGUUCGAGCUAGUGAAUCUAGAAAAGCUCAUGAUCCAAUACAACAAGAUCCGAUCCUUACCGAGCAGUAUAGGCGAAAUGAGAUCCCUAACAUACCUCGACGCCCACUUCAACGAACUCCACGGCCUACCUGACUCCUUCGUCUUGCUCACGAACCUAGAGUACUUGAACCUAAGCAGCAACUUCAGCGACCUCAAGGAUCUCCCUUCCUCCUUCGGCGACCUCAUAAGCCUCCAGAAACUGGACUUGAGCAACAAUCAAAUCCACGCCCUCCCUGACACUUUUGGCACGCUGGAGAGCCUGGUGGAGCUGAACGUGGACCAGAACCCGCUCGUGGUCCCACCCAAGGAAGUUGUGAAUGAAGGCGUGGUGGCUGUGAAGAUGUACAUGGGUAAGAGAAGGAUCACUAUGUUGGAAGAAGAAGAGAGGAGGAGAGUGGAGGAGGAGAUGGAGCAGGCGAACGCUGGGUGGCUCACACGAACCACAUCUAAGCUGAAAAGUUAUGUCUCGGAUGUUUCUGAGUAUCUAAACCCGAGUUCUCCUCGAGACCCUUACCUUGAGAGGGAACUAUGAAUGUGACUUUGGCUUUGAAGAAACGAUAACUCUCUUUUCAAUCAGAGUAUAUAAUGAAGGGUUCUCUCUUCGUUACGUUUGUGAUUCUUUCUGAUAGGUUAUAUGCCUGUCUUUUAACUUGGGUUCAUUGUUAAGAUGAACCUUCUUGAAUUUUGCCGGUUUUAAAGAAAAAACAAACUGUUUUGUGGGUUAAAUAAAAGCUCAAAGGAGUUUAACUGA